UUGGCUUUGCAUUGUCAGCUUGCUUUUCCUUUUCUUUUUGUUUCCAUAGGGUGGGGGAAUCUGAUCUCCCACGUAUUUGUCUCUCUGAUGAAAUUAAGGCGCAGGAAAUGUAUCCCUUCUUGUGCCUCUCACCAGAGAGUAAGCUGCUGAUUCCCUCUCUUUUUCAGAAUCUUUCUGCGCCCAUCUUUUACUCUUCAAAGAUAUUGUGUUGAUUCAGUUAGAUAUCAAGGCGAAAAAGCUUUAUGCCGAUCAGUGCUAGUAGCUUGUCAUCUUGAACUACAUGAAGCCUUUUUUCUAUUGGAAUUCGCCUUUCCAAUUAGUGUCUUUGUCUUCUGAUAAGUGGGCUUUCUACAGAUAGUUAAUGAGUACGUAGUCGAUGAUCUUAUGGUGUUUUAGAAUGUUAGAAUUGUGUGGGACACUGUCCGAAGAGUGUCCACCUUUUCUUGGAGAAGCAAGUUGCAUUUUGAUGCACAUGUACAAUUACUUUGUGAGCCUAUUGGUCUACUUCCUUUGUUCAUCAAUAUGAAUCCUGUAUUGCCGUAAAGUUUUGGAGUUCUUUGCAGAAGUUAUUUAUUGUAUUUCAGAAGAAAGAACUUAUCAUAGGAAGUUUCAGUUGUUUUGCUUGCUUUGAACUCAUCGAAAUUUUCGUUUGCUUGAGUUUAUAUCUAUUGCAGAUUAGUUCUCUAUCAUCUUGUGAACUUUACCAGUUUCUGAAUUAUCCGCUGAUUGGUUGAUGAAGAUGACCUAUACUGGGAUGGAAAGAAGCGAGAGGAAGAAUCGGCAUCGUCGCAUAAUUCUGCUCACGUAAUCUCACAGUUAGCUCAAUGCUUUACUAAUGCUAUGGUUGGACCACGAGCAUGGAUAGGAGGAUUUUUUAGUCGCUCCAGCAAUAGAAAAUUCGGAAGUGAUAAAUAUCUUAAUUACGCUUUGACUCCUAUUCAGGAAGAAAGACUGCAAAGACUUCAAGAACGGUUAGGAGUACCAUUUGAUGAGACUCGCACUGAUCAUCAAGAAGCACUCCGAGACCUGUGGAAUGCUGCCUUUCCGAAUGUUAAGCUUAAAGGUUUGAUCUCAGAGCAGUGGAAAGAUAUGGGCUGGCAAGGAGCAAAUCCAUCAACGGACUUCAGGGGCUGCGGCUUUGUUUCACUUGAGAACUUGCUAUAUUUCGCCAGAACUUAUCCGGUUACUUUUAAUAGGUUACUUCUAAAGCAAGUUGGAUCACGUGCUGAAUGGGAGUACCCCUUUGCCGUUGCUGGCAUUAACGUGUCUUUUAUGCUUAUACAGAUGCUGGACUUACAUUCAGAGAAGCCAAGAUGUCUUCCCGGAUAUAAUUUUGUUAAAUUAUUAGAAGAAAACGAGGAGGCGUUUGAUGUCCUAUAUUGUAUGGCAUUUGCAUUGAUGGAUGCUCAGUGGCUUGCCAUGCAUGCUUCAUAUAUGGAGUUCAACGAGGUUCUACAAGCAACAAGGACACAACUGGAGAGAGAGUUGUCUUUAGAAGAUAUUCACAUGGUUCAUGACCUGCCGGCUCAUAACUUGUUGUAUCACUAGUUUUGCUUUCCUCCUCCAUUCACUUGCUCCAUCUUGAAAUGAGUAUCGGGUUUUGGAGGAAAACUGUUGACCUGAGGAGCCAAAUUAGGCAGCUCCUUUCGAGCAAGACUAAGCGUCGAUGAUCACCAGACCAUCUCUCUCUCAGAAACCGGCAGCCUGGAAUAGCAUUAAAGAUUUCUUGCUUGAUGUGUUGGGCAAUGCAUUAUCAGUUUCGCUGUUUUGGGGCAACAGAUUCACAGUACAUAGCAUUUUGAUUCUUGUACACUAGCCACUAUGUUGGUCUAUGCAGCAUUAAUCCAUCCAUAUUUCUUGGUUUCUGAUCAUGAUUUGAAGUGCCAACAUUUUGUAGUU